AGCGAUACGAAUCAGCAGCGAUCGUUAAACCGAAACUCAAGGACAGGGAAGUAUUAAGUCCCACGCAAACGGAAGCAAGGAGCUCUGUGACCUCGGUGGGGUUGUUAAGAGACUCACCGAGGCUGUCUCUGUGUCUGUCUGAGGCUGUGUCUGUCUCUGUGUCUGUCUGGACCAGGCUGAGCGUGGUGAAGACGGUGAGUCGUCAUCCAAGUGGCACAGCCAGUCAUCUCAGUCAUCUCAGUCGACCCGUGGCUCCUGCUGGGUCUGCCCCGUGGCCUCCUGCCAGCGGGCGUUCGAUACUUCACGUGGCUUCAAGUCACCGCAUGCCUAUGGGCCGGAUCGAGGGGGGCUAAACGGGUGCGGCACGGGCUAGAGAAGAGAUGGAGUGAUGUGGUACAGGGGGACGUGGAGCUGAGUGGACUUGCCGAUGACCAGCGGUGUCAAGAUCGGCCUCUGUGGAGGAGGCUCGUGAAGGACGCUACUGGGCAGUUGGAGGAAUUCGCCCUCCAACAACAACGGAGGGCCGAGUUCUAUCUUCAGUCGGCGCCGCUUAAGCGAGCGCACGCGGAGUGGAGGAGGCUCGUGAAGAAGCCGCAGCGCAGAGGAAGGAAAAUCACCGACGGCGGACGAGCGGAGGGACCUAAAAAAUGAAUCUUCCGUCGUGUUUCAUCGCCCUUCAAUUGUUUGCGACGAUGAUACUUCUCUCUGAAAUUGCGACGAUCAGCAACGGGCUACAAGAGGUUAUCAAAGGCGGAUGUAACGAAACAACGCACUACUUGUCAAGCAGUGGCAUCUGCUGUGAGCUCUGCCAAGCAGGUAGCAGGAAGUUGAUGGAUUGCGAAUCCAACACGAGAGGCACGUUUUGCACGGAAUGCUACCCAGGAGAAGACUACACGGACGAACCGAACAGCUCCAACGAGUGCAAGAAGUGCACCGUUUGCAACGUGAAUUUCGAGAAAACUGUGAGCGGAUGCACCACCAUGGAGGAUACUCGCUGUCGCUGUAAAGACGGCUUCCGGAGGACUUCCCCAUCAGACCCCUGCACGGAAGCGAAGAGAGACGCAGACUUUGUUGGAGCUAUCGUCGGUGCUUUCAUCGGUGCUGUCCUGCUCGUCAUUUUACUUGUGGCGAGCGUGGGCCUCCUUCUCUACAAAAUACGCCGUGGACACUUCCCCUGGGAAAGAAGUCGUGGUAGAAGCCAGAACAUAUCUUUUGAUAAUCUUGAAGAGCAUUUAAAUUGUUAUUACCCACGUGAUCUGGGGGUGGAAACUCCCCCGGGAACCCAGGUUGCUGAUGAAGACGUCACGGACAAAGGGAAAGAGAAGGCGGGGCGUGAGAGAGAGGGAACGCCCACGAGGAGAGCGGUGAUGUCACCGGAUGAGGCGCGGCGAUCCGGUGCGGCUUCCUGUCGGAGUUUGGAGAGCGCAGAGGAUUUCAUCGGUGAAAUGAUCACGGAAGAUCAAGACGGCAACUGGAAGGACGUCGAGAGGGAGUUGCCAGAGUUGCGAGAGUGGAUCGGCAAAACUCCCUCCCUUUUCCUGCACGAGCUGAAGAGGAGGAAUGUGGUUACAGGAGAGGAGUACUGGAGGGCAUUUACAACCCCCGACACCGCCAUGCGUGCGGACUCAAUCCUGUUGUCCAUCAUGAGACGAGGGGACGGCAAACGCAAAAAGCUGCUGGAGAUACUCGAAGAACAGCGGAGCAGGGAACGGCAUUUCCUGGACAUGCUGAAGACGAGCCAUGUGUGCUCGCCCACUCUGAACCCCAACUCGGCACAUCGACAUCUUGAAAUUUCUGCCGAUCUCAGCACAGUGACGUGGAACCAGGCAGCUCAGCUUUACUCUGAUCACGCAGAAAGGUUUGAGUCGUGGCCAAUAGUCCUCUGCUUCGAGAACUUCUCGUCGGGUGACAACUACUGGGAAGUGGACGUGAGAGCCUCGGAAAACUGUGGCAUAGGCGUUGCAUGUGGGUGGAUUCAUCGGAAAUAUCAAGAAAAGUCUGGCAGGCUGGGCUGGAAUGAGUCUUCUUGGGCGUUCGUUCAAUGGGAUUCAAAUUACUCUGCAAGACAUGGCGACCAAUGCAUUCCUUAUCCAGAGAUUACGCAUUUGGAGAAAGUCGGCGUUCGCUUGGACUUUAACGAAAGAAAGCUUUCGUUUUACAACGCCAACACCAUGAAGCUGUUGCACUCAUUUGACAACAUUCCAAGUGAGCCGCUCUGUCCGGCUAUGCAGGUGAAGUCGGGCUCAGUCGCGAUUUACGAAGCUCAAUCAUUCAAGAACCUGACUGUGGAUGACAGCAGAGAAGACAUUCAGAUUUGUGAUCACUUUGCAAACCGUGGAGUUCAUCGCACAAACAACACCAAUGCAGAGAAGGAUUACAGCGAAGAUGCAUUGCUCAGAACGGGGACGGAGGAGCCUUCGGUGGUACGAGAGUUGAUCGGUAGCAUCCCUGCAAUGCUACAUCGCGAGUUGCUCGUCCAGGGUCUCAUCACGCAAUCCGAGCUCUCAGAAGUCUAUUCGAUACCCCUCGCAUCAGAACGAGCUCGCUUAAUCAUAAGACGCCUCAAUAGCAAGAAGAAAAAGAAGCUGCGACUCCAAGAGAUUCUGCGUAAACAUCGUGAAAAGCAAGAGGCAUUCCUGAAAAUGAGGAGCGAGUCGAGCACUUGCUCGCCGACUCUGAACCCAAACACGGCACAUCGGAACCUCCAUAUUUCUGCCGACUUUAAAACCGUCAGGACCUCCACACUCGCCCAACCUUACCCUGACAACUCAGACAGGUUUGACCACUACAAAGUGGUAAUUUGCUCUGACAAAUUCUCGUCGGGUCGCCACUACUGGGAGGUGGACGUGAGAGGUUGUAAGAAAUUCAACAUCGGUCUCACGUAUGACGCGAUACCGCGGAAAGGUGAAGACAAAUCCCGUAAAAUUGGGUGCAAUGAAGUUUCGUGGAGCCUUAAGAAAUGGUGCAACGACUACACAGCGCUACAUAACGAGACGGAAACAAAACUGUCGGUGCGAGAUCCUCCCCAAAGAGUCGGGGUUCACCUGGACUGGGAGGCGGGCAUCUUGAAAUUCUACAGCGCCGACUCCAUGUCGUUGCUGCAUCGAUUUCACGGAAAAUUUGAUCGAGAGCUGUACCCUGCAAUGGCCGUGCUGCGUAAAAGUCUCUCAAUAUGCCCGUUGCCUUACGCAGAUGCUCUUCAUUAGAGAUGAGAGGCUCCUAUCAGAGCGGUCGCCCAUGCGACCCCUGUAGGUAUGUAGAUUAACUCCCUGGCCAACCGCGAGGGUUCAGGUUCCUGAAAAACCUCGCGGUUGGUAAAAUUAUAAGGGGCCCUAUGGGUUGUAUGGGGGUAGGGGGACCACAGCCGUGGUCAGACUCGCCACAGCUUAACUAAGUUGCCUGUUUAUUAACUAAACUAUGUUACAUUAUGAAUAAUAAAUUAAUAAACAUUACAUUCACUUUACAUACCUUUAAAUAGUAACGAUUAUUAGAAUUAACAAGUAUUAACGAUGAUGAUGACCAUGACAAUGAGAUGAUGGGGGAGGGCUGGUUAGGAGGAGAGGCUCAGCCCAGCCACGUCCUCUUCCUCCAGACCACAGACGCAAGACCCUCUCACUCUCACUACUCGCUGCACGCUUGGGUCCAUGACUAACGGCAACAUUAAUGUGCACCAUGGAGUACUGUACAACAAAACAGACGGCCAGCUGAUCACUUCACAAGCGCCACGGCACCACGGAAUUUCUAUUAAAUUUCGCGGUUCACAGAGCUUACAUAACAACGGUAUUGAUGUCAGAUUUUUACGUAUUUUGUUGAAUUAAUCUGUUCAUAUAGUCGAUCAUACUGCUAUGCUAAGUCGGCGUGUAAAAUGUAGUUUUUUAUGUGUUUGUAAGCCGUGCCGUGAUCGUCCUCUUGGGCGGUCAACAAUAAUUAACAAGUGUAGAGGAGUAGUCGGAUGAUGUCAUGUCAUCUGUAGAGGAGAGGGAUGACGUGAUGUGAUGAUGCCAUGUCAUCGAGGCGGCGGGGUACUAAAGGGGGACUCCGAGAUGGGGGCGAGGUCGCCGUAGGGAGAGUGAAGUGUCCGCCAUGGGAAGAGGAACGAGAGCCUGCGUGGGAACACCCCAGCCGCCGCCUAAGAAAGGCUAGAGGGCUAGAAGCCUCACCUCGCCACCGGGCGGUGAUGGGUGAGCCCCCGCCCGGGGCAGACGAGGAAGUAGGCAUGGGAAGCCGUACCGGGGCGUAGAUAGUUGGAAGGAGUUCCAUGUGCAGGCCAGAGUUCUGACACGCACCAUAACAGGUGUAGGCGUCGAGUGUCGUGUGUAACCAGUCAGAGAGUGUGCAGUACACAGAGUCGU